CAUGCUUGGCCUUCCGACCCAUUUCCACCUAAUGUCAAACAAGAUGAAGUCAAAUCCGCGUAGACGCAGCGACAAUCAGGUCCUGAUGUUCAAGCCGCAUCUACCCUCCCACUCCACGAUCCCAGCCGCGACUCGCGACUCGCGGGCUCACUAUCCACACCCGCUUUGCCUACCUACCCCCACCGGUGCAGCUUGCCAGCUUCUCCCUCCCCUUCCCUCCUCACACACCCCCACCAUUCCUCCACCAACCACCAAUUGUUCUGAGCUUCUCAACUCGCGUACCAGUACACGCACGGGGGAGAACCUGCAGCUCAAUUCCUGAUGGCUCAGCAGCAACCGAACCCCGAGGAGGUGGUCCUCGGCCAGGAGAUCGGCGGCGCGAGGGUGAUCACCCUGAACCGCCCGCGCCAGCUCAACGGCAUCUCCGACAGAGUGGUUUUUCUCCUCGCCCAGUUCUUGGAGAGAUGGGAGAAAGAUGACAGCGCCAAACUGGUAAUUGUUAAGGGAGCUGGACGUGCAUUUUCUGCUGGCGGGGACCUAAAGAUGUUCUAUGAAGGGAAAUCAGACGAUUCCUGCCUGGAGGUUGUGUAUAGGAUGUAUUGGCUCUGCUAUCACAUACAUACAUACAAGAAAACCACGGUCGCUCUUGCUAAUGGACUUGUCAUGGGUGGAGGUGCUGCUAUGGUUGCUCCACUGAAGUUUGCUGUUGUCACAGAGAAAACAAUUUUUGCUACUCCUGAGGCAAGUGUUGGAUUGCACACUGAUUGUAGCUUUUCCUACAUCCAUUCUCGGCUCCCUGGAUAUUUAGGGGAAUACCUGGCUUUAACUGGUGCUAGAUUGAAUGCAAAGGAAAUGAUUUCUGCCGGUCUUGCUACUCAUUUUGUUCCUUCCGACAAAUUGGAAGAACUCGAAAAACGUUUACUGAAUAUGAACACAGGUGAUGUGUCUGCAGUCCGAGCUUUCAUUGAGGAGUUCUCAAUGAAGGUUCAACCUGAUGAAGACAGUAUUUUAAACAAGCUCUCAACCAUCAACAAAUGUUUCUCUGCUGAGACUGUUGAGGAUAUCAUAAAAGCAUUUGAAUCAGAAGCAAGCACUGACGGAAACCAAUGGAUAGCUCCAGUCCUAAAGGGCAUGAGAAGAUCAUCUCCUACUGCACUCAAGAUCACGCUGAGAUCGAUUAGAGAAGGUCGGAAACAGAGUUUGUCUGAAUGUUUGAAGAAGGAAUUCAGAAUUACAAUGAAUAUUCUCCGAUCGGUUGUUACUGGGGAUGUAUAUGAGGGUAUCAGAGCUCUCAGUAUCGACAAAGACAAUGCCCCUAAGUGGAACCCUGCUACCCUUGAGGAAGUAAAGAACGAGGACAUCGACCGUGUGUUCCAGCCGUUCAGUUCAGAGCAGGAGCUCCAUGUCCCAUCCGACGAUUUCAACAGGUGGAGCGGCAAAUAUGAGAACACAGUCUAUGCCAAAGCCUCGCAGUAACCAUAUACAGAUUCCAGCCUUUGAAGCUUCGCAGUAGGGACGAAUCCUUCUCAUCACGGCAUAACGAGUUUGCAACACGCAUGUCGAGUGUUUGUGUAGUGCUUUACCGGUGUAACGAUGUAUGAACAGUUGGAAAAUUUACGCAAUGACACGCAGCAAUAAAGCAUAUGAUGUUUGAUCACA